AUGGAUCCCCAUGCAUGUACAUCUCUUUCCCACUCGGUGGGUGGUAAUGUGCGAAAUGACAGUGUUGUCAUUACCAACCCUAUUCCAGCCUUGAAUAGCAUUGAUGGUUCCAGUAAUGGAGGAAUUGUCCCCGUCAUUACCAAUGCUCUGCCUAAAGGGACUCUAAAUGAUCCGCUCUCCACAACUACUUAUGACUUAGUUGUGGAAACUCCUCAGUACCAGGAAAAGUCAGUGAAAAUUGCUGGUUCUUGGAGUCAAGUUGUUAAACAUGGCAAGGAUGCUGCUCAGCAAUCACAAAUUGGAAACUGCCCUAGAAUGAAUUUCAACAACACAGGAAUUCCUAAGGAAGUUUUGCAGCAUAAAUCUAAAGGAGAUAAAGGAAAGGAAAUAAGUGAAAUAUCUGCGUUGAAUGAGUCAAGUUUGAUGAAAGAGCAAACUGAAACUCUAAAUAACCUCCAACUUGCUGAAUGCUCUGGUUCUCCAUCUUCUUUUGCUAUCCCAGCUAAUGGAACCCUGUCUACCAUUCUAUAA